GCCAUAUUGCGGAAUCGGUUGAGGUCACCGCAUAGGUUCCAAGAUGCCGAGGAUUGAGGACACAAGAUGUAAAAUACAAGGGAUUUUGACGACUUGUAGUUCAAUAUAAAUGUCAAAAUUAGUUUAUCGUAGCAGCAUAAGUACUGUUAAAUUAACUUAGUGUAUAUUAAACCAACUCGGAUCGUUCAGUUGGCCAAAAACCAGUCUGUUUAUAUGCUAGGUGCCAAAUUCUGUUGAAACAAAAUGGGGAAGCUACUUUCAAAGAUAUUUGGGAACAAGGAGAUGAGAAUUUUGAUGUUGGGGCUAGAUGCUGCAGGGAAAACCACUAUUCUUUAUAAACUGAAGUUGGGCCAAUCUGUGACCACUAUUCCAACUGUUGGAUUUAAUGUGGAGACUGUCACCUAUAAAAAUGUUAAGUUCAGUGUUUGGGAUGUUGGGGGACAGGACAAGAUCCGCCCUCUCUGGCGACACUAUUACACAGGCACACAGGGCCUCAUCUUUGUAGUGGACAGUGCUGACCGUGACAGAAUUGAUGAAGCACGACAAGAACUGCAUCGCAUAAUUAACGACAGGGAGAUGCGUGAUGCCAUCAUCCUGGUGUUUGCCAAUAAGCAAGAUUUACCUGAUUCAAUGAAACCACAUGAAAUUCAGGAGAAAUUAAGUUUAACUAGACUUAGAGACAGAAACUGGUAUGUACAACCAGCAUGUGCUACUUCAGGAGAUGGACUCUAUGAAGGGCUGACCUGGCUAACAUCGAACCACAAAUCUUGACCUGCUGAUUAUGCUUAAGUCAUUGUUUAACCUGUGUAUACAUAAAAUGAUUCACUUUGAACAUCUGUGGCAGUGUUGAAAUCUGCUGGAAAGACAAAUACUUAAUCAGAAAAAGUCAGCAGACCCCUGGCCCCCCUUGACUUAAAAGGACAGCAUGAAAAAGGUACCGUGGAAGGAACGAAAGAAUUUUCAAUGAUCAAAGGCAUGUAGGUUUCUUCAAGUUUCAACACAGAUCUGCAAAUAAACCAGCUUCCAGCCUUAUAGGUCCAUUCUUUGUCUAUGUUUAUUUUUCUUCAUUCUGAUUGCUGAGUAGUCUGCUGUUAAUUUUCAUCAUAGGAUAUAUAUGUAUACAUAUAUGUGUUCAUUUAUACUGAUGUAAUUUGAUGUAACUGAUUUUACCACGAGAUAUGCAGCACUUUAAUUCAUGAAGGAAUCCGGAAUUUGUUCACACACCAAAAAUAUAAAACAGAUUAGGGUUAGAUACUUGAUUAAUUGGGAUUUAUUUAAUUGAUAUCAACUGUUUUGCUGCAUUUGAAUUUCAUUGGUGCUCUGUACUGACAAGUCAAUUGUUGAUAAAUGGAUUACCAACUUACACCACUGUAAAUGAUUGUAUGAAUGAUGUAUAUUUUACGUCUGAAAAUUUUACCUGUGUAGAAUUUUUUUUAUUUGUGUAUUUGUUUACUUCUUUUAAUGAUCAGUCAACAUUGAAAAUGGAUCUGCUGUUUGAAUUUGAACAGUAGAAACUCUUUUAUUUAAUGACGAAUUACAUUUGCCUUUUGCCCUUCUUUUUCUCUCCCCACUUUCCAUCACUGUUCUUGGUGCUUUGAUAUUUUACAGAUUUUUUCCAGUAUGAAAAUGUAAAAUUAAUAUAUUGCUUUAAUUAGUCACAUGUAGUCAGGUUUUUUCUUUUUCUUUUUUUUUUAUACUCUGCUUUUAUAUUUGUAAUCAGCUUAUUAAUGAGAGAUUUUUGCGGUAUAUGUAUUAUAUUUGCUUGUCCUUAUUACAAAUUGUAUGAAUGUUAUUAAUAUCAUCUGUAAAAAUUGUUUUUCUGUACAUUGCAUUAAUAUGCAAAAAUUGGGGAAUUACCAAUUCCUGGCACAUAUGUGAAAACCUGAUCACAGAGUAACAGUUUAUUUUAAAUGAGUAUAUAUACAUGUGCAGGUAUUAUUAAUGUGCCACAGUUAGAACUCGGAAACUUAAAGACAGGAAAAUUUUAAGUACAGGUUGCAUAUAAAUUUUCCUCUUAUUAGAUUCAAUAUCAAACAUUGAAUAUAUUAUGGUAUUGAGAUGUAUGUAUGAAAUUAUGAAUUAGAAUACAUUGCACAUUCCAAGCAACAGAUUGAAUUUGCUUUGCAUUAUUUUCAUUUGAUAUAUGUUAAGUACUAGUAACUGUUAGGCUUCAGGACUUAGCCAAGUCUCAUUAUCAGAUAAGUCCGAAACGUGUACAAAGAUCUAGCUUUGCUUAUUUCAUAGAGUUUAGGGCCACUGAAUGCUCUUAUAUUGUAUAAAAUCACAAGAGAUAAAGGGGGUUGAUAGUUUGCAGAUUUUCUCCAGGUGGGUAUAUCUGUAUGUUUGUACCGUUGUAUCGAGGCUGCAUGUACAUGUAUUAUGUAAAUUGUUAGUUUUGUAAUUGGCUCUAUUGAACAUCAAAUAUAUUUUACACGUUAAAGUAAACCAUUAAGGGGAAGUCUCUGGAGUUUUAAUAUAUAUUGGAGUUGUCCCUCUUUGUAUACAGUGUUUCGUAUUGACGGUGAAAAGGAGUGGGAAAAUUUAAUAAUGUUAUUGUAGCUCUCUGUUGUGCAAUAUUAAUUAAGGUGAAUUACCAAACUUAUCAGUAAUUUGGAAUAUUUCAUAAAUUGCAGCAGAGAAUAAAAAUCUUAAUCUAUAUAUGAUUUGGGGAAAGAUUAGGUUGGUUUUGUAAUUUUUUUGCUGCAUCAAUGAACGACUGUUGUGCAUAUAAGUCUACAAAUUUUGAAAAGAUGUAGUUAAUGACUGAGUGGUUUAAAAAUUUAGGGUAGAUUGUACCAACUUCUCUACUAUAUGCAAAAAAGCAUUGUGAAUAACAGUUGUAAAACUUGAGAUUCGUAGUUUUUCUCUUCAGAUUAAUGUGAACAUGAUAUUUUGUAUUCCGUUUGGUGAAUGAUUGUAUAUUUUGUCUGGAAGUAUUGACCUUAACCAUCAUACUGUGUACUAUGUAUAUGAAACUGUUUUCCUGUUCACUCCUCUAAAUAUUUUGUUUUAAAAUUACUGCUAUUUAGUGCAAGAUUGUCUGGAAGUGGUUCAUUUGCUGCAGAUGUUGAUGAUUUUAUACCAGACAAUAAAAUAUUGUUACUCUG